AUGAUUCCUGAAAAUCAGCGUCUGGUAUUCACCUCAUCCAGCCCAGAAGAUACGGUCUCAGACCGUGGUAAGGAAUAUCCCACUCUGAGAGAGAUCUCCCCUUCAUGGAUCUUCAGAGUUGGUGCGGCUGCAGCACUGUUGUUAGUUCCUGUCGCGUAUCUGGUACUACUUGGUAUCGUGGCAUACCUUUCUGGCAAGAAGCAGAGUUCGUUUGGCGACGAUACACUUGAGGUUCUGAAACUUGCUUCUACUCUUUGGCCUAUCUCAUUUGCCGCUGUCAUCGGGCCCUUUCUUAAAACUCUGGCUCUUUAUGCCGCCGAACGAGGGUCAACUCUGGGUUCUCUUGAGUUUCUGUUGACAAGCCAGACUACUAUCGCCGCCGUCAAGAAUAUUCUUGCUUUCCGUCAUAUACAUAUAUGGACUAUUGGGAUUGUGGCGAUAUGGUCCCUCAGUCCGUUGGGCGGUCAGGCAGCUGUUCGAUCCUUAGACCUGCAGUCACCCAGGCAUUUUGAGAAAAUGAAGGCUGCGCAUUACUUCUCCCAAGCCCCUCUUAGAACCAUAUGCCAGUCCUCAAGGUCAUCUGGCAGUACAUUCCCAUGCGAAAGUGUAUUUGGUUCGGCAUCUAAUGCAUUAAGCAAUGACCUUCCCGGUUUUCGGAGGGUUGUCAACACUGCUUUCUCAAGAACGGACGUUCGUUUAUCUCACCCCAAUGGCUCAAGCGAUGGUUACGAUGCUGUAAUAGAGCAGCUGGGUGGUGUUUCCAAGGUAGCCCGCCUUGGAAAGCAAGACAUAUGGGGCAACGUCCGUAUCCCAUUUAUGGAACUCCUGCCCGAAUAUGAUGAUCAAAAUCCCGAGUCGUGGACAAAAGUACCCUCUGAUAAUUGCGGCGAUACGUUUAACGGGACAUCUUGGUUCAAACUUAACGGUAGUGAUCCACCGUUGUAUUUUCAUCGGCCGAACUUCACAGACACUGAGCCACUUCAACAUCAGACAUACGAUUACAAACUGGAUACCAAGCCAAGUCUUUGGUUAGAUCUUGUCAGGAGUAAUGCAACAGAAUCACAUUUCUACAACACAGAAGUUAACGCGACAACCGAGUCUCCAUUGAAGUUGAUAGUUGGCGGGCAAUGUGGCGGGCAGUUUUCUGAUGCCAGUGAAUUAACCCAUAUGAUUCGCGUUUGCAACCUCAUCACUUCAUAUGUAGAUGUUGACGUUAGCUGCAAGCGGCUGAGUAGCAUAGAUGACCUCGAUUGUCAAGCUGAUAGAAUCCGUCAGACUUCUGACCCAGGAUAUUCGACAUACCUGUCAGACUUGUCGCACAGGCCUGCCGCCAAGCGUCUUGUAUACGAGAUGCCAUUCACAACCGCAACGUACUACCCUAUGAUACCCAGUCUCCUUGAACGAUACAUUCAUGACCCUUUGUUAACAUUCGAGAAAUACGACCCGGAUGCAAGAGAAACCAGACCGGGCUGUUUUACAGAGUUAUCUCAAGCACUCUUCGAGGCUAGGUUCGCCACAGCCCUCAAUACGUUCCUCAUGGCUGCGUACAAUGAUACUGUAUUGGGAGGUAUCGACGCCGUUGGAUACAACAUGGAAAAAAUUGUCAACUCUACAUUUAAAGAACGUAACCUCAACAAUCUCAGCUGGCAGAAUACCACUGCCACUUGGGCCGGGUUUACAGAUAACAUCUAUGUCAUGAAUGUAGCAUGGUUUUGCAUUUCUGUUAUAUCAACUGCUAUUCUACUAGGGUGUGCUAUUAUCAAUGUCAUUAUUCGGCAGUUGGUUUUGGCUCCUGACUUUCUAGAUAGCGUCGAUGGGCUGACGCGGGAUUCCCCCUUUGUCAGGAUCCCUGGCGAGUCUUGCGCGACAGGAAGCGGAGUCAGUUCGAGGGAUCGAUUGCAGGCAACGAGCAGCGUUCGAGUUCAAAUAAGAGAUGUCGAGCCGGAUGCAGAUGUUGGGAAAAUCGUGCUGACGACCGAAACGACCAACAAGAGACUUGAUUGGAACAGGGCAUAUGUGUAG